AUGCCAGGCAUACUAGAAGCUCAGACGUCGGAAGCAAUUGCUAUGGCUCGACAUGACUUCUCGACCAGCAUCAUCUUCUUCACCGAGAAGCAGUAUCUCAACCAACCACUGCUACCUACUAUGGCGCCACAAGACCCGCCCUACAGUAUAGAACAACUCUUUACCGGCCCACGCGACAUUCACCGUCACUCGAAAUGGCCCUACUUCCUACGACUCCAUGGCAGCGUCCUCCCACGCAUGAUCCUACCCCUCGCCUUCGUCGCAACGUGGGCUUCAGCGGUCGUCUGCAUCUCGAAGCUCGUCACUCCCCUGGGCAUCAACAGCACGCUCCUGACAAUCACCGGUUUUGUGGUCGGUCUUGCUCUCUCCUUUCGGUCUUCGACGGCUUAUGAGAGGUAUAUGGAGGGACGCAAAUACUGGGCACAAUUACUCUUCGCUAGUCGGAACAUUGCACGUGUUAUCUGGGUGCAUGUUGCCGAGCGACAUACCGGUGAUACGCCUGAGGUUGGGAAGCAAGAUCUUCUUGCGAAAGUCGCUGCGAUCAAUUUGCUCAAUGCUUUCGCUGUUGCGCUGAAGCAUCGAGUGCGUUUCGAGCCAGCGGUCAAUUAUGCCGAUCUCGAACCGCUGGUCUGCAACCUCAAGAUCCUCGCUGCCGAUGCUGAUCAGAAUCUCCUGCGUGAGGAGAAGCCUCCGAAAUGGUUGUCCAUUGGUCAAUGGCUCGACCUAGCAUUCGCGAAGACGAAUCCACGCAAGCUGGUCAAGCGCGCCCGCGACAAGCAUAAUCUCGGCAACACACCUCUCGAGAUCCUCACAUACCUAUCAGCGUACUUCGAGCAUGUCAUUGUCGAGAAGACCUUGACCACUGGUAUCCAUCAAGCGCAAGGCUUAAACAUGCUCGUCAUGCUCAGCGAAGUCCUCGCGGGCGUGGAGCGAGUUGUCAACACGCCCUUGCCAAUCGCCUACUCCAUCUCAAUCUCACAGAUCACGUGGGCAUACGUGCUCUCCCUCCCUUUCCAACUAGUCAACACACUCGAGUGGGUAGCGAUACCUGGUACCAUCCUCGCAGGCUACAUCAUCAUUGGCCUAGCAGCCAUCGGCCGCGAAUUGGAGAAUCCCUUCGGUGACGAUGUGAACGAUCUACCAUUAGACGCAUACUGCCAUGAGUUGGCAAGCGACAUCGAUGUUAUCACCAGCCGGCCCCCGCCAAUCGGUCUCGAGACAUGGAUGAAAGACGGGGGAGCCAAGAUCCUGUGGCCGAUGAGCAGUUUCGAGUGGAAAGUCUAG